AUGUCUGCCGACUUGAGCUAUUUCACCUGCACACUAGGUCAAGCCGCCCUACUCAAACAGUCAAAAGCAUACAAGACCAUACCGGAAUUCAUUGAUUACCAAGCCGAGCAUUACCCUAACCAUCCAGCCGUGGGUUGCUAUACCCCUCAACCAGCCCCGGAUUCUUGGCCGCACCAAGUCAUCACAUUCGCUGACGUUCAGCGAGGAACGCGACUCAUCGCGGAGCACCUACAGCCAGCCUUGGGCCGUACAAAUGGCGAAACUGUUGCCCUCCUCUGGCCCAGCUCCGUUGAGUUCCUGUUCACCUGGCUGGGAUUGGUGUACGCUGGGCACCCAGUGCUGCUCAUUGCGCCACAGUGCUCUUCUUCUGCUAUUGCAAGCCUAUGCCAAACAUCUGCAGUGUCGGUCAUCAUCAGACAUGGGAUCUACGAGAAGCUGGCCGCCGAUGCUUGUGAGCAAGCCCGGGAAAGCGGGGAGGAUUUACAAAGCAUGAGCUUCUCCUUCGCCAAUGGCAUACAGCGGAAAGUUCGAGACUCGCCCGCUACCACGCCACGACGGGCUGAUGUAUCGCCCGAAGAUGUGGCUUACCUGCAUCACACAUCUGGCACGUCCAGUGGUACCCCAAAGCCGAUCCCGCAGACACACCAUGGGGGCCUUGCUGUGCUCCCGCGUCUAGAAGGCCAACGGGCUGGCACUUUCACCACCACACCUCUCUAUCACGGCGGCAUAGCCGAUCUCUUUCGAGCGUGGACGAGCAACGCUAUGAUCUGGCUGUUUCCCGGCGCAGAUGUGCCCAUCACUUCCGCCAACGUUGCCCACUGCCUCAGAGCGGCUGCUGGAGCUCAUCUUGAAGGAGAAGCGCCGAUAGUGGCACACUUCUCGAGCGUACCGUACGUCUUGCAAUUGCUCGCCGCUGACGACGAAGGUCUCAAACGCCUGCAAAGCAUGGAUAUGGUUGGCGUCGGAGGGGCUGCUCUGCCAGUAGAAGUAGGUGAUGGCCUGGUUUUGAAGGGCGUCAGACUUGUCUCACGCUACGGCUCUGCUGAAUGCGGCUUCCUGCUCUCAUCUAACCGCAAAUACGAAAGUGACCAGGACUGGCAGUACCUGCGCCACGAUGCAGCAGUGGACUCGCUAAGUUUCGAGGAGCGCGAGGGCGGACUCUACGAACUGAUAGUGCGCAAGGACUGGCCGCACAUGGCGAAGCGGAACAGAGACGACGGCGGCUACGAUACUAGUGAUUUGUUUGAGCGGCAUCCAAGCAUUGAGAAUGCUUACAGAUAUCACUCUCGAGCCGACAGCCAACUCACGCUGAUAACGGGCAAGAAGUUCGAUCCCGCUCCCCUCGAGGGCUCCAUCGCUAGCACCUCGGAUCUGGUCGAAGAUGCGAUGAUCUUCGGCGAGGGUCAGCCAUACCCUGGUGUGCUGCUGUUCCGCUCAAGGUCCAGCGCAGACGUUGCGAACCAAGAGAUCGUCGCGGCUCUGCGAUCCACGAUCGCCAAGAUGAAUACAGAAUCUCAGUCUCAUGCGCGAAUACCUCUGGACAUGCUCAUCCCCAUGCCGCCAGCGGAGCUCGAGAAGAGCAGUAAAGGCACGAUCCUGCGACCUGUCGUCACAGGCCGAUUUGCCAAAGAAAUACAAGCAGCGUACAAAGACACCACUACUGAUGGGUCAGAUCAAGACAUGCCGGACAGCGACGUCGCGUUCGCGCUUCUCAGCGCUGUCUCAAGCAUCCUGGGCUCCGACAGCGGUGGGAAGCUGACACCAGAGACCGAUCUCUUCGCUCAUGGCAUCGACUCGGUCGCGUCCAUCCAGAUCCGCAACAAGCUUUGGCGGAUGCUGCCCAACGGCACAAGGUUGCCGCUGACCAUCGUUCAGGAUUGCGGCAGUGUGGCGAAGCUGGCACAGUACGUGCUCGCACUCCGUCAUGGGCGGACGAUGCAGCUUAGUAGCAAAACAGACUUGAAACAUACGCAUGGUCAGAUGAAGGGGAUGGUCGAGGAGUACUGCGACUUUCCAUCGUCGUCUUCUCACUCGGAGACCCCGUCAACAGCGAACGACAGCAGUACCUCUACGGAGCUUCCCGACUCUGCAAACAGCAACACAGGGACCACCAUACUCAUGACAGGCUGCACUGGCACACUCGGCGCGCACCUCCUGUCCCACCUCCUCACCCAUGCACCGGCCCUCGACAUCCAGCAUGUCUACCUCCUGGUCCGCGGCAGCACGCCCCACGCCUCCACAUCCCGCGUCCACAAAGCUCUCCUCUCUCGACAGCUUUCCGUCCCGCCAACUUUCUCAUCCCUCGUAUCAGUUCUCCCCUGCAAGCUAAGCAACGCGAACCUCGGUCUCGAAGAUGCCGUAUAUCAGCGCCUGGCACAAGAAGUUACACUCAUUUACCACCUUUCCUGGCACGUCUCGUUCCUGGCUCCGUUGACCGCCUUUCGAACCCACAUCGCCGCCGUCCAGAACCUUCUGUCCCUCACGCUUGCCCGGGCACCGACAUCUCCCCUACCGUCUCCUCAUUUCGUAUUCUGCUCCUCCACCGCAUCUGCCUCCUCACAUCCAAGUCCGAUACCCGAACAACUCCUCGCCAAGCCCGACGCUGCGGGACCGACGGGGUACGCACGCUCGAAAUGGGUUGCGGAACAAGUCUGCGGGCGCUUCGCCGCGCAGUCACAGCUGCGAGGACGGGUGAGCAUCAUGCGCGUCGGACAGCUGUCGGGUAGUACGCGGACCGGAUGCUGGGGCGGCAGCGAAGCCUACCCGCUCAUGCUGGGAGUGUCCAAGGCCAUGGGGGAGGUGCCCGAUCUGGACGAGGCGAAGCGGAGAUACGGCGGGGAAGAGUGCGCUUGGGUCCCCGUCGAUGUCGCCGCGCAAGCAUUUGCGGAGCUGGGCCUGCUGGGGACGCACGGAUCGCCGUCCUCCCAGAAAAUGAUGACUGGAAAUGGUGGAUUGGUGGAAGAAGGCUCGGCGCAGUCGACAACGGGGUAUGGAGGGUUGCAAGUGCUGCAUCUGCUGCCGAAGCCCACCCACAAGCAUUCCACCUGGAGCGACGUCCUGGCCUGUAUCGCUGAACGGGAACCAGACGCCUUUCGUGUCGUGCCGGUUGAUCCGUGGCUCGACCACCUCGAGCAACUGCGGGAUAGCAAGGAGGAGGUGUUGCGGGCACAUCCUGCUUUGCAGUUGGCGGACUUCUGGCGGAAAUCAUACUGCAGCGAGUCUGGCGGCGAGCGUGGCAUCGCUGGGAAGCACGAUGGUGCAGACAUAUUGAAUCAAGGCGAGGCUGCGGACGGAGGCGAAGGGGAAGAAUUGCGAGGAGAGCCACUGCAGGAGAUGAAAGAUGCACGGGAGUCAAGCACGAGUGGCUUCGUCAUGGCGAACAGCUUGGAGGCCAUGCCAAUACUGAAGGACCGGCCCAUAGCUGUUCAUCUCGAUGGAGGGUAUGUGGUCAAGUGCUGGCAGUGGAUCAAGGAGAAUAUCUGA